AGCAGCUUUGACUUUAAUUUUGUUCUGUUGUUUUGUUCUAAUGAUUCCCUUCCUUGGUAAAUAAGUUUAUAUUGACGGUGGUAUGGCGAAGUUAUUUAAGUUCAUGUCGGUAAAAAAUAAAGAUAAAAAUUUAAUGUCGAAGCUAGAAAAAGAUGCUACUCCAGUGCCGAGGGCGGAUGGGAAAAAUAAGGCAGUUUCUGCUUCGACUAACAACGGCAGUGCUUUCGUGAAUGCAAAUAUCAGCGGGACGGAGCAAUUCGCCUCAUUGGCUCAAUUAGGAAGUGGCAUUAGUUUAGCGGAAGUACCAACCGAAGCAAUGGCCAUCCCGGAAGAACCGAGUGCGCAUACCGUGGUAAACAAUGUACAUUACAAUGCAUUGGCAGCCCCUCAACAAACAUCGAUAUCCAACACAUCCGCUAAGAUGGUGUUUCACAUAAAGAACUCCAGCAAUGUACACAUUGGAAACAGCUAUAUUAUGGAGCCAACGAAUGGGUGUAAUGACUGUAAAACGGACCAUAAGGAACACGUUAAAUGGGCCAAUUUAAAGCUGUCUAACACUAUCACCCAAAUGAUGAAGUCUUCUGAUGAAUUGGAACCGGAAAUGCUUGAAAUCGUGUCAAGACAUUUAGGCUACGAAUGGAAAAGCUUCGCUCGAAAGCUGGAAUACUCGGAAGGGCAAAUUGAUGCCUUCGAAGCAGACAAUCCAACAUUGUCGGAGCAAAUUUACCAUUUUCUUUUGGAUUGGACUCAAAACGAAGAUAACCCUACGCUGGGACGCCUAGUGUCAUUGUUGUGGGAAAAUAAACACAAAGAAACGGUUUAUUACAUGAAGAGAGAAUGGAAAUGCCGGAAAGAGAGUUUGAGUAGCUGACCCGCUGCCCCGACGAUAACCCGCUACGGUAGAAUAGGACCCCGAGGAGAGCAACACAUAAAAGUAGUGAUAGGUGAAAUUUGUUUUACUUUUUAACGUGAAAGAAGAAGAUUAUGUUACACAGGGUAAUCAUAUAAUCGGUCGAUCAGUUUUGUUAAAGAAUUUUAAACGAUUAAAUCAAUGAAUCGUAAAAUGUAUGAAUCAGAAAACGUAUUGUGGUAAUUAAAAUAAUUUCAUAAAAAAACAUAAUCAUUGGGUUUGAUGGUGAGUUUAUUGAACCAUUUACAUGCUAUCCUUCACACCUCACUUCAACAUACCUUCCGGAAUGGAGUGGCAAAUGUAACUUAGGAUUUCUGUCCCAAUUUUUC